ACCAGGAUAACCAGGAUACCAGGAGGAUUAAACCCAGUCUUAGUUUGCAUAAUGACUAGCUAUCGGAAGAACCUAAUGCUAGUGCUGCUCCUGGUGGCCAGCACUGCCAUUGUCCAGCUGGAGGCCAAGACCGUCUUCCGCCGGACGGAUAAGAUAUCGGAGAACUUCAAGCAACUGGAUUUGCCGCCCGAGGAAAUCGAUCCGAAUGUGGCGCCGCCAGAGUCCGAGCCACCCAAGGUGGACGAUGUGGUGGAUGCCGCUGUGCCGGUGAUCGAUGAGAGUGCCAAUGAGAUAACCAGCGCUGAUGUGGAGUCCACCAAUGCGGUGCAGGAAGUGGCCACUGCUGCUGCUGCUCCUGCUCCUGCUCCCGCUGCUGCUGCUGCUGCUGUGGAAACUCCUGUGGCUGAGGCUGCUCCAGAGGCAGCUGCCGCCGCCGUCACCAAGCCACCAAAGGUGCCCAGCACCACGGCCAAGCCGCAGAAUCCCAUCAGCAGGUACUGCAAGUGCUCGGAGUCGCAGUGCGACUGCUGCCGCAAGUUCGGGCUGCCGCUGCUGACCAGCCAGGGUUGCGCCAGGAUCGCCUAUCUGGGCAACGACGAGAUGAACGUGUCCCUGAAGUACGGCGACAUCACCCUGGCCUCGCGCCGCAUCUCCAGCAAGCGGGCACGCCCCAUUUGCGUGGGUCUGCCCGGCGGCUACUCCGAGUUCUGUGGCCGCGUCUAUGGCCUGUCGCGCUCCAAGGAGUCCAAGGACUUCAAGGCCUGCCUGGCCUUCGAGCUGCGCUCCGACGAGGAGGUGGAGGCCUCGCUCCGGGUCUCCUGCUUCAAGUUCGGUCCGGAGGGUCUGCGAGUGGCCGAGGCGGAGCCGUUGCCCACGAAGCCAGCGAGCGACGAUGAUGACGAUGAUGAUGAUGAUAUCUUUGGCUUUGCCG